GUGUGCCAAGUGGUGCCAUGUCCGCACCCGGGAUCCAAACCGGCAAACCCCGGGCCACCAAGAAGCAGAACUUGUGCACUUAACUGCUACGCCACCAGGCUGGCCCCAACAUGGCUUACUGUUAAAUCUGGACAGCACUGAAGGACCAUGAGAUAUUUGAGAAAAGCAUUUAACAUGUAAGGGAAAUAAAACAAACAUUAAAAAAUUUAGAAGAUAAGAGACAAUCCAAGGAGCAGAAGAUGAUAUUGAAUCCAAGAAAUAAGAAAAGGAUGCUCCAAAAGUGAAUAUUCAGCAGUCAAUGAAUAGUUUUUGGAAAUUAAAAAUGCAUAAGCUAAACUAAAAAAUUAAUAGAAGCUUUGUAAAUUAAAGUUGAAGACAUCUUCAAAGUAGAAAAAAAAAGAGAGAAAUAUAAGGAAAUAGGACCAUUUGAGCAGGUCCCAUGUUCAAAUAAAGGCGUUCUAAAAAGACAGAACAUAGAAAAGAGAGGAGGAACUAAUCAAGGAAAAAAGUACAAGAAAACUUCUCAGAAUGGAAAUGCCUGAGUCUCCAGAUUGAAAGCAUCCACUGAGUGUCCAGCAAAACGAAUGAAAAAAAAUCCCACACAAAGACAAAGCGUUGCGAGAUUUUAGAAUGUCAGGGUGAAAGAGAAGAUUCUAAAACUCUAGGGGUAGGGAGGGGAACAGAUCACAUAUGAUGGAAAGGAAAGCUGGACCACAAUAAAGCAAUGGCUUCAACAUUCCAAGGAAAAAUGAAAUCCAGUCUAGAAUUCUAUAGCUACUAUUACUAUCAAUGAGACGUGAGCAUAGCAUAAAGGUAAGCAAGACUUCAAAAUCCUUACUCCUGUGUGCUCCUUUUCAGGAAGCUCUGGAGAAUGUAAUCCAUUAAAACAAGGAAGUGAACUGAAGAAGGAACAUGGGGGCUGCGGUAAAUAGGGGACACAACAUAAGAGGAAGGCGUGAAUUCCCAGGAUGAUGGGAGAGAGAAUUCCCAGAACACAGUUGGGUAACAGGCCUAGAAUGCAAACAGCCCAGGUUAGAGCCAGAAGGUGGAGGGCUCCAGAUAUGUCUACAUUUAAAAGUAAGUGUGUAAGUAAGUGAACAGACUGGUAGAGUACGGGAUAUUUUUAAAGCAUCAAGAGAUUUACACUUCUGGAGUAGACCUUGAAAUGAAUUAGAAAAUUAAGACAAAUGAGGCACUUCUUAACUCCAGGGAAAAUUAAAAAUGCACGAGAAAGGAAAUGGCUCAGGUGAGAGUAAUAUGUAUUUACAAAGUUGUUGUCAUAUAAAUACUAAAUAUUUAUUUAACCAAGGAAACUAAAUAGGGAGGGAGAAUGAGUGUGUGUGUGUGGUGGAGGGAGGGUGUUCCCCAGAAAUAGAUGGAAGUACAAGAGAUCUAAACACUUUUGAUCAAGAGUAGGAUGUCAAUAGAAGAUAUCUGAACUUGAAAAAUGAAGUUCCCUGAUAAUCAUGCUGUUUGGAAAUACAGAGGGAAGUGUUAGAGCCAAAAGGGUUGAAUGUGAUUGCCUUCCGGGGCCGAAACUGGCUAUGGGGAGCAGUGGAGGAAAGUACUGCUGUUGUACAUUAGAAGCCUAAUAAAAUGAUUUAACUUAAAAAUAUGUACAUAUAUUACUUUGAUAAAAGUAAACAUUAUUUUAAAAAUCAUAAUAACUGAGAAGGGAACGUGGAGGGUGGAAAUAACUGGACCCAUGAAACAAUUUCACACUGUCUCCCUCUCACACGCGCAUUCUCUCAUGUCUGUCUCUGUACAUCUGGUUCAUUUUCCCUCGCUGUGGAUCACAGUUGUUGAUGCUCGCUGGGGAUGGAGGGACUCAGGAGGCGUGUGGCUGCUACCAGACACAUCAUAGCUAGGAAUGGCUUCUGGCAGUUCUGGACUCAUUAUUUUUAUAGCUUUGCUGAUUGAGAGCACAGGAUUCUUCCUCCCAAAUCCAGUCAGUAUAAGAAUGACUUACACUUUUCUCUCCAUGGCUCUCUUCUAUAGCUGUGAAGCCUAUUUUAAUGUCUUCUGGACCCUUCCUCCCAAUGUAGAUGGACUUGGUGAUUAUGGAAAUAUUUAUCUCAUGAAAUUGGAUGGGAUCACCAAAGGAGAGAAUAUAUAGAGAAAAUGAAGGGAACCAAGACUGAGCCCUGGAUGACCCAACAUUUAGAACUGCAACAGAGCAGGGGAAACCGGAAAAGAAGAUGGGAGAGGAGGCAGGAGAGAACCAGAGGAGUGUCCAUCAUAGAAGGUACGAGAAGACUAUUUCAAGAAGGGAGAGGCCAAGUGAGUCUACUGCUGGCUUUUGAAGCUUCCUGCUUUGAGGAUGUAGGAAUGUUGAGAGACAUAAUUCAGACUGUUUGGGAAAGAAAACGUGUGCCUCUCCCUCCCUGGGGAUCACUGUGGACCACGGAGGUUCCUAGGAGGCAGGUGAGAAAAAACGCUUCAUGGCAGGUGCCGGUGUCGUCUUACUUUGUGUAGGUUCUUCUUGUCCUCCCCUCCACCCUAACUCCCGACAGAGGUCCCCAGACAGAAUGAUGAAAAAUAAAAAAGGCAAGGGAUCUACAGAACACUUCCUUUAGGAAAUAGGGCAAUCUGGAGUGUUAAAUGUGACAGACUGAUGGCAUAUUAUAGGUUUAUUUAAUCAAUAUUUAUUCAUUGUAAGUUUUAUUUAAUCAAUAUCGAUUAUUCAUAGUGAUGAGGAGAAUAAGUGUUGGGGUCAGCAAAACCUGGAUUUGAAUGUUAGUAGUGAUACUUACUACUGUGUAUUCUUGGGAAGUUACUUAACCUCUCUGAGCCUUAAUUUCCUCAUCUGAUGGUUGCAUCUAAUACCGCCUACCUCAGAGGAUGGUUGUAAGGAUUGACUGAGGUGAUGUACAGUGUCUGCGACAUGGUGAGGGCUCAAGAAAUGAUAGUUACUAUUAUUUUGUUCUCGUACUAUUUCUUUAGUUAUUACUCAAUUAUUAUAAUUUAACAAAAACACAAAACUAGGUUUUUUGAGCACCUUUUCAUCUCUUGCCUGAUUUCCGUUCUGGUUAUUUUAUUUCUUUGUUAUCUGUGUAAUCUAUUUACUUUGAUGCUUAAAGCAAAGAAUUAGAAUAUAAAUCAAGAAAGAAAAUAUCCUCACUUGUGACCUAUAACUCUAAAUAUGACCUUAUCUCGGAGGGUACCAUUUUCAGUUAUGCUGCCCUGUGGGAGGUUGAGGUGGGAUUCUUCUGUGUAUCCCAUGAGAGUUAACUACCGCAACUGAGGUCAUUGAUGGCCUCAGCCCCCUUGGCAAGAGUAGAGAUGCUCAAACACCUCAGAUGAACUCGGUACUAAAGUUUCCCCUUUAGAAAAUGGAGAAAUCACCGAAGGGAUUGAAAAAACGCAUUUAAUCGCCUGUUGGAUUUACUCCUCGACGCCAGCCAAUCAACUGCAAAUUCCUAGGAAGAAAAGGCAAGAGGAAUAAUCAUCAGCCCUUGUGGACUCUGGAGUCACCUGCUCCAUGGGCUGUGGAGCAUCGAAGUGCCCCAGAGAGCUGUUUGUCUCUCCGCCUGACAAGAAGGAGGAAGACACAUGUGGCGAUGCAAAAGAGGAAAAUCCAUUCAUAUAUUUUAAAAAUGUUUCCUGUAAUAACAGAAUUCAUGUCGAGGCAAGAGGCUCAACAAGUCCUUGGCUUCCCAGAGGACAGAAAACAUUCCAUGGAGAAGAUGGAGAGAGAUGCUGUACCAAUUGUUAGGACAUGAGAAGAUGGUUUCCCCUCAAAUUUCCCAGGCAACUUGUGCUGUCGUCUUCCACUUGACCCCUGACCCCACCCAUGUCAGUUACCCCACCCAAAAGGGAAGCAUAGCAGGGCACAUAUAGGUAAGCAAAAUAAAGCUGCUAUAAUUCUCUUCCUGAGGAGCAAUUGGAAAUAAGCUGAACUUAUUAAUAAAGAGUUAGCAAGAGUUGACAGGCCGUGCUAUAGAACACAAUUUGGAAAAGGGUAAAUAAAUCUUUGCAUUUGGUGCUUGGAAUCCAGUCCAGGAUUAUGAUUUCUGGGGUUUCCUUUGUAGCUUCUUUUUUUUUUUUUUAGCUUGGCAGGGAAAUAUAGCGUAGAUAUUUCAGCUUGGAUGAACUAGAUGGGGUAAUCCAUGAUGUUGCUGAUCAUUUUUGCCCGUGUGGCUGCAAAGCCAGGCACCUAAUUGUGUGCUCUGGAAAGAACUAUGGUGUAACAUGUUCUUAAACAGAGGGCUGUUUCCGUGCUGCCAAAAUAAUGGAUGUCUGAUAAUUUAACUUUGCCAAUACUUGGUAGAUAGUUAUUGGCUUCAAUUUAUGACUAAUUGUUAUAAAGAACAAAUUUGAUUUUAUUGAAUUUGAUUAAAUUUAAUAUUUUUGUAAAACUUCCUUUUAUCUAAAUGGCUUAGAAAUUGACUCUUUUUCAGAGACAAAUGAGGGAAGCUCAGCUCCAUCUAGCUUCAGCAAAAAGUGAGUUUAUUGACUCGUGUAAUAUACAAGGAAGUGCAGCCAGGAGUGGAUUAGCUUCAGGCACAGCUGGAUCUAGGAGUUCAAACAUUAUCAUCCAGGCAACUUUCCUCUCUCUACCUUUUUGUUUCUCCUUGUCUGUUCUACAGGCAGAUUCCUUGCAGGUGGUAGGCAAGAUAGGUGACAAUGGCCCUAGGCCCAUAUUCUCUAGCUUAGCAACCCUGAGUGAAAAUAGGUUUCCCUUCCACUGUCCCAACAUUACCCUCAGAGAAGACUCAUUUGCUCUGCCUGAGCCAUGUGUUCAUCUCUGAACUAGUCCCUGUGACCAGGAGGAUGGUACACAUGAACUGGAUAAUGUGGGACGAGUGCUCAUCCUUGUGAUGGAAAUGGCAGGUACGAACCCCAGAAAAAGUUCGUUUAUGUCUAAUUGGCUGUCAUUCAGUCACAUGCCCAGCCCGGAAUCACACACCUGACCAAGGGAAUGUGAUGCUCUAAUUGGCCACGCCUGAGUCACCUGUGUCACCUCUGGAGACGGAGACAUAGGAUGAGAACUGAUAGUGAAGGAGGGGUGGUGUCAUAAGGAAGGUGGGCCACUGGCAGCAGGGGUGGUAGAAGUUGGUUAGCUAAAAUCAAAAAUAUUAAGAGAUUUCAAUAAAUUUUACAUUUAUUGUUUAAACCUUCUGAGGUUGGAUUUGUUUUCUUUUCUCUGUGACACUGUGAGAGCUAAGAAAACUUAAGUUUACCCUGGUUACAAAUAUCUAUCUUUAUAGAGUGUUUUUGAUUUUACAAAGUUCUUCCACUGACCCUUAUAACAACUCCGUGAAGUUUGUAACUAUUCUCAUUCUCCAGGUGAGGAAACCAAGGUACAGAGACAUUAAAUGACUAACCGCACACUGUGCAACUCUAACCAGAGGAGCCAGCACGGCCAUAACCUAGGCUGUCUGACUCGAGUCCUUGCAUCUCCCACUCUGCCCUGCGAGAGAGAAAGAAGGCUCGGUGGAAGCAGUUCCAGUGUGACCGGGAGCAGGCACAGAUUGAAGAGAUGGUUCAGAGGAGUUCCAACAGACUCCAGUGACUCACGGACAGGGGGUGGAGGUGGAGGGGGUGGUGAAGGACAGGAGAUGACUCAGCCAACCAGCUUGGGUGACUGAUGGGGUGGCUGCUGCUGCCAUUAAUUAAGAUAAAGCUCACGGGCGGAGAUGAUUCCCAGCCUCUCAGGUACAUCCCCCCUCCCACUUCAGUUCUUGAGCCUCUCCUGAUGAGACCCCACGAUAACCACCCCCUUUUCCUACGCCGUCUGCUAUCCGGUGGGCUCCUUCUUCCAGCCCUGGGACCCAGUGUUAUAGCUGGAUCUAGCUUUUAUGGUGGUCUGGUGGUCUAGGCUUUAGGUCUUCUCUCAGAGUUCCUCCAGGACUCAGGUUCCUUUGCUGCCAGCUUGGACCUGCGGCUUGGUGACCCUGGGACAGAGUCUUGGGGCUUGGGUGGGCUGAGUUGCAGCACACAGUAAGCCUCCUUUCCUGCCUCAGUUUCCCCUCCUUAGUCCUAACACUUCAGUGCUGCCUUGAGGACUGGUCCAACGGCUGAGCCCUGGUAUUCUACUCAGCUCUGGCCAUCCCCUUCUGUCUGGCUUUCUGGCAUGUUGAUUGGAACCAUACCUCACUCGGAUAAAUAUCCCCCCAGUGAUGAGCUAUCAUCCUGACUCUUGAAUAUUGGCCACAGCUUGGAUGCCCCGGAGUGUUGCUCUGCUUGACUAUGUACAUGACCAGGGCCCCUGGGCUUGCCUCUUCCAAGACUUUUAGAACCUGCUUCCUCCCCGACUUGAGUGUCUCUCCCAUUGUCAGGUCUAUUUUUGUUCCCCCUGCUGACCAAAUUUUUCCCACCCUGGAGCCUUUGUACUGGCUGUACCUGCCUGCAGUGCUCUGCUCCCUGGCUCGGUUGGCUUUUCCUUGCCAUUCAGGUUCCUGCUUAGAUGCCAUGUUCCUAUUCAGUGUUGCCUGCCCUCUUACCAUCUCUUUCUAUAUCAUCACCCCAUUCUCUUUCCUCAUCACACUAUUAUAUUUGGACUUAGUUUUUUUGAGUCCUUGUUUCUUGUCUGUUUUCUCGCUGGAAUAAAAGCUCCUAGGAGGCGGGGACCUCCCCUAUUAUGCUGACUGCUAUAUUUGAAGGUCUAGAACAAUGCCUGCUACAAAGUAGGUGCUCAAUAGACUAUUUAUGGAACAUUGCUGCAUGAUUCUUGAUGGCUGAGACCACACCAUGUCUAGUCUACACCAGAGGGAGAAGAUGCAAUGCAUUUUGUGCAGGCUGACUUGGAGGGCUGUCCACUUGGAGCCGUCUGCUCCCUCUGCCAGAACUGUGUACCUAGUCUGUGAAGCAAACUGCUAGAGUCACCUCAGACUUAUCCUCUCAAAAACUUUCCCUUGCCCUGACCCCCGGAGCAGUACUAGGCGUCCCUUCUUCUUUGCUCCAGAGCCCCUCUCUCCAAACUUGAAUUACCCACCUGUCACAUAGCACUGGAUACUUGUUUGUUUACCUAUCUUUCUCCCCAGAUAGACUGUGAGCUUUUUGCCAGCAGGAAUUCUGUAGGGUUUGUCUUUCUGGUGUCUAACACAGAGUUACAAUUCAAUUCCACAAUUAUUUGUGUGGGAAUGUACAAGUUGGUGAGUGCAUUAGCAAACUGGGUGUAUGAAUCUGUUGUGCAAGAGAUAAGUCUGAGUUAGUGAUGCAAUAAUAAAAUUAACUGAUUAAUAGCCAUUUAUCCAAAAACCAUGUCACUGAAGAAAGAAGCCUUUGAAACUUUGACCAUUCAUCUGCAAAAGAGCUCACGUCAUCAUUAUUGUGGCAAGUAAAGUUCAUCUGAGCCAUCCUCCUAUUCACAUCCUCCUAUUCACAUGCUCCUAUUCACAAGCUGAGGAUAGAUGUCUAAAGAGUUAUGUGUCCUGACCCACUUGGGAGAACUCCAGAGUCAUGCUUCUGACAUUCUCAGCUCUUGAACAACGCUGUUUUCAUCUAAACUGAGCUAUAGUCACUGGCUCUUAUGAGGUAAGCCUCAUUAAUCAGAAAAUUGUCUGUCCUGGGGAGGGCGCCUACCUCAUCCAGCCCACAUGGAGAUGUAGUGACGCACAACCUGAGAGUGGGCUCAGGCUCAUUCUACUCACUUUCAAUUCAUUGCCCGUUUGAUUUUGUGCAUCCCUUGGCCCACUGUAUUAGCACAGAUUUGAGAUCCAAAGAGAUACUUCAUUUGGUAAUUUUAUGUAAUGCCAUCCCUGAGAUGAAGUUUUAAUUGUGAAAGAAAAUUAGUUGUUUAUUCACCAACGAUUUAUAAGUUGUGGAUUACAUUGCAGGCAUUGUGCUGAGAGUGGAGGACACAGAUGAGUAAGAUAGACUCCUGGCCUUUGAGGAGCUGAUAGUCUAAAGGGCAAUGCAAGACGAGAGGGCAGAUGAGCACAGUCUGAUUAGGUGAAGGCCAUGGUAGGGCGAAGUCUUGGGGGAUGAAUACGAGCUGGUCCGACAAAGGAUGGAGGGCAGGGAGGGAGUAGCAAGAACAAAAGACAGGAGAGCGUGGACAGGAGGGGCAUAGACCAAACCAGAGCAGUCUCGGCUGGCCGUGUAAGGCACUUGGAUUUUAACCUAUAGACCAGCACUUUCCAUAACGUGUUUGAAGGAAACUUGUUCUGUGUGAUGAUAAUUGCUCUUGUACAGUAAAAGGAUCUCAUGGUUAACCACAUUUGGGGAACAUUGAUUUCAAAGACAGUAUUACUGUACUGUUCCAUUGGCAUCUUUUUAUGGAGCACUGUGCCUCAUCCUGUGAUAGGCAGGGUGGAUGCAGAGGAGAGCAAGACACACUGUCCUGUGCUCACGGGGCUGGCAGGCCAACGAGGAAAGUAGGAAUUACACAAAUGGCUGCCAAUGAUUUGUUACGUGUUUAUAAGUGAGACAAGUCCCAGAAAGGAGACUGCGUUAUAGAAUGUAGGAUAGAGUGGUUAAUAAGAACAAGAGUUAACAUUCAUUUAGCCCAUGUCAUGAGCCUGACAUUGGACUAAGGGCUUCACAAUCAUUAUUAUGUUUAAACAAAGCUGACUGGGGCACGAUGCUAAUUUGCUUGGUUUGACAUAGCAAUAGCGCGUUUCUCAAGCGGGUUUGACCACAGGAAUGUUUUUUUCACAUGACACCCAUUCAGUUCUGUGGUAGUUUGGGUAUGGGGAGCCACUGAAGGUUCUCAGCUGGGGAGAGAGACUGUCAAGUUUAAUUUUCCAAAUGGCAGAGAACAUUUGCUUUGUGCUCCUGGUAACUCAAAAAUGGCCAGAAACUUUAGAAAGAGUUUAGGGAUCCUCAACCUUUGCCAGUGAAUAAAAAUUAUCUUCACUUUUCAAAAUACUGACCUAUGAAAUCUGUGUUUCCUGGAGAACAGUCUGUAUUUUUAAAAAGUUCCUGGAUACACAGGAAACCAGUAAGCCUGGUUGCCUCUGGGCAGGGAGAGGCCCUGGGUAGCUGGGCGACAGAAACGAGAGGAAGACUCCUUGUUGUGAAGUGGUGAACCAUGGUUACAUAAUACCUUUUACAAAAUAAAUAUGUAAAUGAGCAAAAAUCUCCAUGGGUAAUCCAUAUAUAGCCCAGAUUGAGAACCACUGCUAGGGUUAAUCAGUGGAUUCAAAACAAAAUAAUGUGAAACACAUAAUUAAAAUUUUCUAUUACAUGUGAGAUGUGCUAGGAUGGAUUUGAUCAUUAGGUUAUUAACCUUAAAGAAAGCAACUUUCCCGUGAUGGGGUAGAGGAAUUGGACCAUGAGGGGUUAAGGAGACAGAAAAGGGGGAGCAGAGGCCACAGACUGUAAGCUGUUCUCUGGCGGGCAGCAGCAGGGGGCGCUGCUAGCACGCUGACCCCUCUACCCACUGGCUGGCUUGCUGGGGCACUUGGGAACCUUCUUCAGUCCCCUGGAUUCCUCCCUGUAACAUAGGAUUAAUAUUAGCUGCCUUACAGGGUGGUUGGGAAAAUCAAAUGAAACAGUAAAUGAAGGUUUUAUACUGGCACAUGCACACCCAGCACUUAGCAUAGCGCCUGGUGCAGAGUAAGUAGAUAAGGAAGAUCUGGACAUUUUUGUAGGGAGAGCAGAAGCUUGAAGUUAUAAAAGUGGAGAUAGAUCAACAUCCUACAGAGGACAGAGGGAGAGGGGAGCAAAAGUGCAGGCUGAGAGUGUUUCUGGGAAAGGGGGAGAGUCCUCUUCCUCUGGGAAGGAAAGGACAGGCAGGUAAAGGGGGAGGAGGCAACGGAGACAUUUCGGUGGGAGGAGGGCAGCUGACGGAGAUGCGGAAGAUAUCUUUCUCUUCUCUGCAAAGAAGGAGGUUAGGUGGGAAAUGCAUAAAAUGUUUCAAAUACAGACAAUAUUUGCUGCAUGAAAGCCAUGUUUUUUGGUUAAAACAAAUUGAUGUCAGCCCUCAUGUCUGGAUAAAAAUAUAGGCAGUAUCCCUACUGUGUCACUUCCCUGCUUCUUCUUUUUUAAUGUGUUACUUCUGGCACAAGUACCUUCAGGGCCAUUUAUUCAUUCACACCUUUUAUUUUGAGCCAACUGUGUGGCAGGUCCUAGAAGACCAGGGAGGUCAACAUUCUGAGGAUGGUAAAGGGCGGUGGAGGUGGGGUGGGGAGGAAAAGCACAGCUCACCUCCUCUUAUGUACGGAGUGUGAAUUGAGAAACUCAGAGAAGGUUGGACGUUUUCAGUGCAGGAAUUGUGUGGUUUUCUCUUGGCGCAGUGAAUUGAAACUGACUUAUUCCCCCAAAUGAGCCAAUUGAGAUGGAACUAUGAAUCCACUUGAGUAGACAGGUCCCAUUUGGUCCAAGAAAGGUGCUGGCCCACUGUAUCAAAAAGACUGGAAAAGAAUAUGUUGAGUCAAACUUAAAAAGGAAAUUCCUGCAACAUAAUUGUCCACUUUCUUAACAAGGAGAACAGUAGUGUUCUGUCUGUUUGGACUCAAUGCCCCUUUCUGAGCAAAUACUUUACUAUCCUGAAAUGAGAUUCAUAGAUGAUAGAACUUACCUACCCACAUUUAAAAAAUAGUAUAAUGGCCAAACUCUAUUAUAUAGGAAAGAUUAAAGUUAAGUUACCGCUACAUAUAUAAUUCUCCAUGUGAAUUCUUGAGCCUGGCUAUAUCGGUAGUACAAUGAAGUUCACAAAUGCUGACAUCUCUAUGGACAAUCACUGUGGAUGUGACAGCUGAAAACACGCGCCAAUUUGAGUGUUUUAUUAUACUGGCAACUCAAAUGCCAUGUACAACUUUGCUGAUAAUAAUGUGAUUUUCUAAAAUGUGAAGAACUUUUGAUAAAGUUCCGAACAAAACAAGACGACAUUUCUCUCAAUUUACACAGUAGAUGCAUUUUUGGAAAGUUCAAUGGAUAUUGAAAAACUGCAAAAGACACUCAAAUACAGGUUAUUUCCUGUUUAUGUGUAAAAUAGAGUUAGGUUUUUAGCUCAGAUCAUUAUAAGGCUUCCAUCUACGUGAAUGUCCAGCGGGACAUGGAAAGUUCCAUGGCCCUCAAGGCAAUCCUUUGUUGUGUGGGACUUUCUGCCGUAUCUGGCUGUCCAUGCCAAUCAUGGUGACAACGAAGAAACGUCCCAUUGAUUUCCAAAAUGCCCACCAGGGGGUGGCACCGUCCCCUUUGAGAACCACUGUAGUGACAUAUGUGAGUGAAAUUGAACUCUACAUUAGGAGAAGUUCACUAAAUGCUUGUUGAAUAGAAUGAUUAAGAAUCUUGCAGGUUCUCACAACCAUCAUUUUGAACUUUAAUUCACACUGGGGAGAGGCUGUAGAUAGAAAUGGAAGAUCUAGACAGAGACAGUCAAAUGUUUUAAUCUUUCAAGCCUACCUCAAUUUGUUGGAAGUGGCUGUCCUUAAUGCCAUAUACAGAAUAAUUUUCGAGGUAAUGUCCAGCUGAUUUAAUCAUUCAGGUACUAGUUACUGAGCAUCUAUGCGAGGCACUGUUCUAGGAGCUGGCAAUCCAGUAAUGAAUAAAACAGAUGCGGAUUUGGGACCUCAUGGAGCUAAAAUUUUGAGCUCAGGAGGAGCUGACCUUAAAGGUGUCUGCCAUGUCAUUGGGAAACUGCUGACUACAAAUUUGUCUUAUCUGAAACGAGAGAGUUAUCUGACUCUCUACUAACCCAGGAACUCUCCUGGAAUUUUAUUUGAAAAGUUGUUUCUGGUAUCCGUUCAUCUUCCUAUCCUUUGUCUUUUUCUCCUCAGAAAGAGAAACAGCAAAAAACAAACCAAAACAAAAUAACCAAACAACUUCUGAUUAAAUGAGAAUUCUGAUAAUUUGAGUUUUUGUGAACAGAGUUAUUCUAUAAUUUGUGAGGUUGCGUGAAAAUUAGUGACCGGAUAUCACUGGCCAAGAAAUGGAGACUUGGUCAAGUCAGGAACACAAAGUGAUCUAAAAGGAAUUAAGACAUCCAGAUGUAUCAAAACCUGUGAACAUCCUGUCUCUGUGAAGACUUGGCCACCAGUGUUCCUGGGCAAAUCUUGAGAAUAAGACACAUAUCCCAAGCCGCUGAGUGAGGGGGCAGACUAUUAUUGUCAGUAAGAGCAUGGGUUUUGAAUCUGAUCUGCUUGGAGUCCUGGACCUGCCCCUUACUGCUGUGGUUUUGUGAUUUACGGCAAGUUACUCAGUCGCUCUGGGCCUCCAUGGCCUCCUCUGCAGAAUGAGUGAAGUACCUACCUCCUCGGGGUAUGUGACUGAGGGAAGCAAUGUUCCCAAAGCACUGAGCACGCUGCCUGGUGCAGGGUCGCUCAGGGUGCCUAAGCUACUAUUACUUGUCCAGGAGAAGCGCCAUGACAGCGAGUGGCUGCGUUCUCUUCUUUCGAGGUGAGCACCACCACUCGGCAGCUGAGACGGGGAGUUCUUUCAUUCUGUGACUCAGGAGAGGAGCUAACUUUUCCUUGCAAACAAACUUAUGGUUUCAUAUGCUUUAUUGGAUCUUAAAGGUGGAAAGUACAUUAAAUCAUCUGCUCCAGCCCCCGCAUUGCACAGAGGAAUAAGCUGAGUUCCAGGGAUGUCAUGUGAUGUGGGACUAGAAACAGUGGUUAGGUUCCCAAGGCCAGGCCUCCAAGACCUAGUUAACCCAUAAGGUGACCCGGGGUUUUCCACAGUAUGUCUGUAGGACCACCUGUAUUAGAAUCAUAUGAGGGGCGGAUUUCAAAUAGGACCAUAAGUCAAGGGCUGUUGAACUAUCUAACAAUUUCAGCUAUCAUUUCUAUUAAUUCCUGCUUCAAUUAUCCAAUGAAUUGUCUCUCUGCCGGGAUACCCCAGUUCUGUAGCUCCUGUGAAUUUCUAUAACUCAGUGUAGCUCUCUGCUCUUGCAAAAGCCCUAGGAAUGAAUUAAUACAUGCAAAGCCUUAGAACAGUGCCCGUCUCACGGUAAGUGCUCGAUAAAUGUUAGUCAUUCAUUUUAUUACUCAUCAGAGCAGGAGGAACAUCUGCAGAGAGGUGAUGCUGGUUUCUCUGACGUGAACCUGGACCACAGGGUCAGUGUUUGCUUAGCAAAGAUGGCUGGAGAGAGUCAUCACACUGAAGGAAAAAGAAGCUAAGACUCUGUAAGUGUGUGGCACAGGUCAUACUCCCUUGUUUGUUUUUUUUCUUGCAAAGAGAAUGUAAGAUCAGAUAUAGCUUUACUUUUGACAGUUUAAAUUGUUGCUUGCAUCAGCAAAGGCUACUCAUACUGGGAUGAUGGUUCAGUUAGGGCUUUAUUUAUUCUCCUACAUACAAAUACACAGAGACAUACAAAAAACGUAGGCUGUUGUAUAGUUUUUAGAUUGUUAUAAGUGAUUUGUGUGUCUCUAAAUCUGAAAAGAGAGAUAUAGUUCUUAUGAACAUGGAGAAUUUUAGCUACAAAAGAAUUCUUAGCUGUAAUAGGUGGUGAGUGAUUGAGAGAAUGUGAAAAAGAAUGAGGAAGUAGUUUUUCCAAUCUGGUGACAGGGAGAGACGGUUCUUUUUCCCUUGAGUAAAGCAUCUGUUAAAUGGAAAAGAAAAUGAAUGUGGACUCUGGAGCCAGGAAUCCAUGAUGCCAGCAUUUUGCAAUAACAUCUCCUUUCAUCUACAGAUCUCGCAACAGUUUAUGGGCACUAAUUAAGUUUCACCAUACUCAUACAACUCACACUGAGUUUUAUUUCCUCCCUUUUUACUGAGGAAAACCAGGGCAAGGAAUGUUUAAAAGGUUACAAGAAGUUACAAAGCUCAGAUUUGAAUUCAGUACCCAAAGCCUCUGGCCCAUGGUGGGCUUGACAGUUGACGCAUGGCUGAUGUUUUGUGGGGCAGGAAGUGGUCUUCAGCAACCCUGAGAGGAAGGAGUAAGCUAGGAGCUCAGGGAGGCUCUAGGGGACCAGAGAUCCUGCUGCACAGUGAAGACACGUGAACCUGGCAUCUCUCACCACCACACUCCUUCUCUCUCAGCCUGCUGUGUUCCUGAAUGGACACAUUGGGAUUGCAAUUCACAUCAACCCUCUAGGUUCCUGAGAGGCAGGCUGUGAGCUGUGAGUGGGGUAUGUGGGUGUAGGGGACUUAUUGUAGGGGCCAGAGGAGAGUCGUCUGGUAUUGGUGGGCAGAGAGGCCAGUCAGUUACCAAGUGAAGGGGCACCAGGAGGAAAAUCAAAGGGCAACAGGUUAUGUCACUCCUUCUCCCUUGUCAUCUUGGCCCCAUUUAAAAAGGAGGAAGAAACAAAGCACAGGCUGGGUCUGAGAUCAAUCUCAGAUGGCCAAUGGUGACAGCUACACCUAAGACAUAACCGGUCCCAGGCUUGUCCAGGACCCAAAAUAAAUCUGUCUAAGUUUAUCAGAACUCUUGAAUUCAGACUAAAAGGAAUCUGAAAUAACUCACUUUCUCUUUUCAUACCCUCUUAAGAUGAAUUCUUAAAGAUUGUGCAUGAGCAUUUUCACUUAAAUGGAACUAGAAUUAGAAGAGGGGAAUGAAGGAAGCCCCAGUGGAGGCAGGUGCAAAUCCUGGGUGCCAAGCAGGGAUUUCACAGGCUCAAAAAUUCCCAUAUUUCUGAGAUUGAAUCAAAGGCAUAAAAAUAGCAAAUUAUUCACUUCUUCAAAGAGAGUUACAUCCCAAGUUGCAGGGGAAUUUAUUAGCACAUCUAAAUCUGAAAAAAAAAAUUAUUAUAUAUUUAUGAGGCUAAGUUAUAAAUAGAAGGCAGGAGAAAAAAAAUUCUGGUUGCUAACAGUUUUUAUUCCAAAUUGCAUCAGUUCAUAAAAACCGAAUCAUUUACAAAGGAUCUAAUCCAUAACUCUAAUAGAAAAAUAGUACAAAUCAAAAGUAUAUAAGUAUAUAUUUUUUAUUAAACAAUAUUAAAAUAGCUGCAAGUAACCAUUAAUGUAGUUAUAUAUUCAUGGAUGUUUAUAGAUGACAUUAUGCUUACAUUCUUGCUCACACCAACGUUUUGGAAAAUGUUAAUACCUUUGUUAAAAAACAAACAGCAAAAGUGGUCCAUCUGACAUCCUGUCAUUCACAUUUCAGUAAACUGUGAUAUACUGGUAAUUGAUGUUUGUGAUUUGGGGGUUUAGAAAGAUCCCCAAAUGUCUUCUAGGUUAUGAAAGAGAGAUAAAAUGAUAUUUGAUAGUUUUAAAAAAAUUUUUUGAUAUAGUUUUAAUGGUGAGUUAUUUUGUGGCGUUUGAAAACUAAAUCUCUCAACUGGAACGUGCAAUUAACCAGAAAAACCCAUUCUCUAAGCUUGCACUCUGACAAUUUGUGAAAAAGGAAAUGUGGCCAGUGCAAAACAUUUCCUCUUUUUCUAAACCUCGAACUGAGGACGUCCCUUACCAAUUACGCAGGGUCUCUUGGGCCUUAGAACUUUCCACCAGGGUUUAGGUCUCUAUGGCGAUACACCAGGUUGCUGAAGCGGAACACAGGUGAUGGGGUGGCAGCAGGUAUUGGGCGAGCAUGGGGAGAAGUUCUGGCUGCAGAAAACCAAGCAGGGUCUUCUUGAGCAUCUAGGACCAACUGCUCCGCCUUGCCAGGGAUCUGCAGAGCCACCAGCCCGGCCUGCCCCAACUUUUCACCUCUCCAGGAAAGCGGGCGCUGCAUGCCACCAGGUGGCAGCUCUGCAGGCGCAGGUGCUUUUGAUGGCUGCCUGUACCGGGGACUGGUGGCUUCCUCUGGGAGGCCACUUCCGUUGAUGCUUGAGCUUCACUCUUCUCAAGCCCUCAGAGGCCAUGACAGGUGAAAAGAGUCCAUUUUGUCCAGCCCCGUGGUCUCAUGCAGCCAUUCAGCAUCCCCGUUCAAAUUACACUCCAGGAUGGCCGGCACCGCCAGGGGAGGACAGCCUCUUCUGCCUCAGAGAGGAAGAGAAAGAUACACAAUGAUGGAGACCCACCAGAUGCAAAGAAGCUGCCGUCCAGUGCAGGAGAGGACCGAGCCAUGCUGCUGGGGUUUACAAUGAUGGGCUUCUCAGUCCUCAUGUUCUUCUUGCUUGGGAUAACCAUCCUAAAGCCUUUCAUGCUCAGCACUCAGAGAGAAGAAUCAAACUGCACCAUCAUCCACACGCAUAUCACAGAUGACUGGAUGGACUGUGGAUUCCCCUGCGGUGUGGACCGCCGAGGCCAGGGCAAGUACCCGUGUCUCCAGGUAUUGGUGAACCUCACCCAUUCAGGACAGAAAGCUCUCCUACGUUAUAACAAAGAGGCUGUCCAGAUAAAUUCCAAGUGCUUUCAUACACCUAAGUGCCACCGGGAGAGGAAUGAUUUGCUCAGCAGGGCUCUGGACAUAAAGGAAUUCUUCGAUCACAAAAAUGGGACCCCCUUUUCGUGCUUCUACAUUCCAGCCAGCCAAUCCAAAGAUGUCAUUCUCAUAAAAAAGUACGACCAAAUGGUUAUCUUCCACUGUUUAUUUUGGCCUUCACUGACUCUACUAGGUGGCGCCCUGAUUGUUGGCAUGGUGAGGUUAACACAGCACCUGUCCCUACUCUGUGAAAAAUACAGCGCUGCGCUCAGACAUGAGGCGGGUGGCCAAGUACCUCAUAUGGGACAGCAUCCAUUCAAACUGUGGAGUGCGGGGAGGAGCAAGGGAAGGAGCAGAGAAGUCUUAAGAUGGGGACCAAAUUAAAGUCCUGGCCUUCACAUACCUGCAGUUUCUGCACUUGAGCACAUACUUAUAGCUGCUUGCAAACUGACCACGUAGAGGCAAUUAAAGUUAAGUAUGAUAUUUCAUGUGGGAAAGAAAUUUUUAAAAACCCCCUUAUUGUGUAUUCUAUUUAUUCUAUAAAUAAAUACAAAUUCACUGUCUUUUCUACUCCAAAGCUCUUUCUACAGGAACCAAGGAAGCAUUUUCUUUGUUCCUUUGUGGCAAAAUGAACUCAAGAUAGUUGCGCUUUGUCUAAUUUCAGCUCUAGCUAGAACGUGUCACUGUGGAAAUGAACGUUGAGAGUAUCUAACCUAUGGAGCCCUGAACAACUAGCCUAGUUCUAUGCAAUGUAGUUCACAUGAAGGCAUUUCUCCAAAACAUUCUUAGUGAAGAAGAGUUCAUUCACCAAAGGAAGAUGAUAAUCUGGUAAUUUCAGAAAUGUGGACCCACCGUUCUCCUUCAUUCAUGACAAAGGAAGGAAGCCACUGCCUAGAAAAUUCACUAAGCUUAGAGUUAUUUGUACUUAACCUCGUCAUGUACCAGUAAUUUUUCUUUCAGCAACAUUUUUCUAGUUAAUUAUGCUUUCUGUAAGCUCAUUUUAUUCUUUGUGCACGUUCUGGUGGGAGUGGGAGAGAUGGCUAGAAAUGUGCGAAGUAGGGAGAAGCUGUAGUGGAUGGAAUUUAACCUGCAUCUCAGAUAAUCCACAUCGCAGAGAAGUCCCACAAGGAUCGUCAGCAAUUGUCUGUAAUCAAUGAAUCAGCCAAGGUUAUGAAAUAAUGAACGUCACAAGACUUUUCCAACAAAUGAUUUCCAGAUUAAGCUGAACAUAUGAGGUGAAAACAGAGUUUGUUCUGAAAACCAAUGUGCCUCAAAGUAUGUUUAAAAUUGUACUAAAAAAUCGUACAUCGUGGGCAAUAGACAGACUUUUGAAGCAACUUUUAUAUGUAACCAAAACAGAAACUUUGAUUCCAAGUCAAUUUAAUGCCUUUAGCAAUUAAUUUUGUCACAAAUUACUUAAACUGAAUAAUUAAACAGAGCGAUAUUGACUCAAGUAGUAAUGAA